AUGGGAUUUCUUGGCUACUACAUGUUCAGUCCGACAGAAAGACAUGGGGGUGAAUCCAUGAUCACCUUGUAGUAUUUCACUGGAUGCCUCAGAAGAGCAGAUGGGAAUAGUGACCAGUGGAUAAGUGAUUUCAAGUGUUCCCAGACUCAGAUAACUCCAAGAGACAGACUCACAUCCCAUUUCAGAGUCAAGAUGGAGCUGCUGAGGGGACUGCCACUGCGCCGCACUUUGCUGGCUGUCGUCCUGAACCUGCUGGCUCUCACCCUCUCCACCACAGCCUUGCUGGGCAGCUACUGGUGCACCGGGACCCAGAAAGUGCCCAAGCCUUUGUGUGGGAAGACCAAAGCCACCCAGUGCAUCGGGGUCCCCAUUCCACCUGAUGGAGAUGCAAGCAACUUUUCGGAUGACUCAGUGCACUACAGCUGGGAGACUGGAGAUGACCGCUUUGCCUUCAGAUACUUCCACACAGGGAUGUGGCUUUCCUGUGAAGAGGACUUGGAAGGGCCAGAAGAGAAAUGCCGCAGCUUUAUUGAGCUUUCACCACCAGCAGAGAGAGGAAUCCUGUGGCUGUCACUGAGUUCAGAGAUGCUGUACAUCAGCUUGCUGCUCAUCAGCUUCAUCCUCCUGAUGGUGGAAAUUCUGCACACUGGCAAUCCUGUCUGUGGGAUGAAGCUCAAUGCCUUUGCUGCUAUCUCCUCAGUGCUGUCAGGUCUCCUUGGGAUGGUGGCACACAUGAUGUACAGUCAAGUCUUCCAGGCAACAGUUAAUCUGGGACCAGAGGACUGGAGACCACACACAUGGGACUACGGCUGGGCAUUCUACAUGGCCUGGGCCUCCUUUACCUGCUGCAUGGCCUCUGCUGUCACCACUCUCAACACCUACACCAAGACAAUACUGGAAUUCAAAAGGACCCACAUCAAGGGAUACGAUGACAGCCUUAAGGAGAACCCUCAGCACCACCAGUGCUUCAUACAGCAAAUAAGCAGCUACUAUGAGCCCAAAGGCAAGGCCUUCCAUUCAGUGUCUGAGGGAGUCGACUUCUACACCGAUCUGCAGCAGAAAAUACUGCAGAGGGAACCAGAGCUGGACCUGGAUGAAGUCUUGGGCCAGACAAUUGGGGAGGAUCGCUGUUAGAGAUGAGUGUACAAGGACAGAGCAGUGGGGUUUGGGAGGCACAAGAGCUCUGAACCAAGCACUGGCACCACUGUCGGCAGGUUUUGAGGAGCUCUUCCUGUCUCUUCAGGGAGUGAGGAGGCAGGCACUGGGUCAGGGCAACUAGAGUAGAAGUUGGGGGUCCUCCCCGGUCAUAUACAGUGUGAUGGGUGCCCUCAUCUGACAAGGGUGAAACUGGAGGGAUAUGCUGGUGCCAGCUGUCUCCAAGCACUUUCAGAGUUGAGUCAGAUGUCCUAAUCCCAGUAUUGCACUUGGGAACAGAUAGUCAGCACUAUCCAGAUGGCAAAUUGCACUGGGUGGUGUCACACUGACCUUCCGUCAACACCUCCACUUGAGUGCUAUGGUUCAUACUGAUCAGUGUUCAUACUCAUCAGCUGUCACCCUCUCUGAACACCCUGUCUAUUCUUAAUUUCAAGGCCCAAACUCUUCUCCCUGCCUCCAGAUUAAAAGUCCUGCUGCAGUAGGAAUAGAGGGUAGCUUUCAGACAUCUCUCUCCUCCUCUUUCCUAUCUGUAAUGACUCCCACAUGUUCCUUUCUUGCUUUCUGCCCAAAAAUCUCCCAUUCUGAGGUACUUUGCUGUCUGCGCCUUUUACUGUUUCUUUGCAACCUUUAAGAAUUUGGCAGGACUUUUGCUUUUUACGUUACUUCUACUCAUCUGUUCCUUUUUGUCCAUUGUA